AAAAAUUUGUUGCGAAUUAAAAAGCGGACGAGGAGAAAUGUUUUUUAUCUCCUGAAAUCAGAGGAAAUUAUCUAAGUAUUAAAACCUGAUGAUGUAUUUACGUUGUUUCCUGUUGAUCGGGGCGCUCUUAUUCAAAGGUGAUUCUUCUACACAUGCUCAGUCUAAACAGGUCGAUGCCGUUGCUGGUGGGAACAUCAUCCUGCCCUGCAUGUUGAAAACUCCAGCUAGUAAAGAUAUUCAGACGGUGGAAUGGUCCAAAGUGGUCGAAGGGCGGAAGCCAGCUAUUGUCUUCUUGUACCGCCAUGGUUGUGAGACCUUUGCAAUGAAGGAUCCCGACUUUGAGUACCGUUCAAGCCUCAUCAUGAGAGAGCUGCAAAAUGGGAACUUCUCACUAAGGAUCUCCAAUGUGAAGCUGUCUGAUACAGGAACGUACCAGUGUUUGAUGAUCCAAAAUAACGGAACCAAAGAGGAAACAGAAGUGGAGUUGGUUGUUGCGUCAUUAUCUGAUCCGACGCUUUCAGUGGUCUCUGCUGAUAGCAGCGGAGUGACUGUUGAGUGUGAGGCCCUCUGCUGGAUGCCAGCACCACUGAUGACAGUUCUGGACGAAGACGGAAACAGACUCACUGAUGAAGAGCCGAAACAAGAAAAAGACCCUAAGGGAUGUUACAACACAAAGCAAAAUGUCAUUCUAAAUAAUCCAGUAAGCAGGGUUGUGUGCAGAGUCGACCAGCAGCAGAGGAAUCAAAGCAAGACGGUGAAAAUACUUCUUCCAGAUUUCUGGAAGGAUUCCUACGUUAGAGCCAUAUGUCUCUCAGUGGCAGGAGCAACUUUAGUUUGCAUCUCAGUGUUUAGCCUGUAUAUCGGCUUGAGCAAGAAAUGUUCCAGGACUGAUGAAGGAGAGCAAUCACAGACGACAAUCAAAUCAGACCAAAACAAGAAAAGCAACUCUCAUGAAAUGAAUUCCCUUCUCAACCAGCAGAGUGUGACUGAAAACACACAAAACAGCAUGACUGAGAAACUGAAUAAGUAGGUUGAUGGUCUAUAGAUCAUCUCUGGACUUACCUCACCUCCUCACUAAGAGGUCUUUCUGUCGUCUCCUCGCUCAGAGUCGCUCUCAGCAGCGAAGUGAAUCACUCUUAAGCUCGGACUCCCUGGCAGGACUUUUAAGGCUAAGUUAGAAUAUCUACCUAUGUGAAAAACUACUGAGUGAUAACUGUAUUUAUGAUGAAGGAUCAGUGUAGUGACAGUCCACACCAAUUUUUCCAAACAUUUUUCCUUCUGCUCCUUUUCAGUCAAGCCCAAAGGAAAAAAGGGAUAAUUAAGUAAGCCAGAGGAAUCUACCUUCAGUUUUUAAGAGCAGGUGUGCUGCAUGUUUUAAAUGCGUCGCUGCCUCAGCACAUCUGACUAAAAUCUUUGAAUUGUCAUGUAGUUCUUUAGAGGACUUUUAAUAAAGCGUUAUUUUAUUGAACACCGUAAAACCAGGGAAAACAUAGACGAUAUCUGCCCUAUAGGACGAUUGGAUAUCACUGGUAAAUGCUAGAGGAAAUCAAUGAAUUUCAAAACCUAACUGAGCUUUGUCUUUUUAAAAUAUAUUAUGAAGAAAACACAAAACAGUUUCUACUUAAAAAAAUGAUAUUAAGAUAGCAGCUAUCAAAUUUUUUUUUCUCGAUUUAUUUCUAAGGGAACAUUUGCUUCUUACACUUCAGCCUGGUUGACUUUUUUUAAAAAGCAAAAUUGAUAAUAUUUAUUUCUGGGAAAUGUUCAAGCUGCAGAUGGAUAUUUAUCUUUUUAUACUUUUCUUUACACUACAGUGUCUUGCAGAGUGCUGUCUACCAUCAUUUUUAUACACAAGUAUAAGAAAAAUUAAAGCAUUAAUAUUGUGUUACAACAUUAUCUGAUGUGUUGCGUAUAUCCAGGAACGAAUCUGAAUUUCCAAGUUUUUCACAAUUUAAAUAUUAAAGGCCAGGUUACAUCCAGAAUUUAAAACUUACGUUGGAACUUUAUGAGUGUAUCAAUUAAUUUUAGAAAAUGUUUGAAAGACUCCUCCUCUCGCCCAAUGUGCUCGCUGGAGACCCCUCCCCCCCUUCAAGUAUUACUAAUGUUAGCUACAAUAAACUAACUGAGAAGAACCUGGCAGACUGGUGCUCCACCCCUGCAUCUGCCCAUGGAUACUUCUCGAUUUACCUCUCUAUUUAAAAAUGUCUGUUUUUUAUUUAAAUUGUUGAUGUUUAUUUCAUUUUAAUAAUGUAUUUCUGUGAAUUCAUGUUGUUGCUAAUUGUAUGUGAUCCUGUGUGUUAAAUUGUUGACUUUUGGUACAUUCUGCUCCUUGAGCUAAAGCUGUUCAGGUAUUUUUUUCCAACCACUCACAAAUGUAAGUGAACAGGAACAAAUAAAAUAAACACAUUUUCCAAAGUCUUCAUGUGCAAAGGCUAAGG